AUGGCAAUCAUCGAGAGCAAUGAUCCAAACUUGAUUCAUAUUAUUUCAAAAACUGAUCAAACAGAUAUUUCAAGUUUUAUCCAAAAGUUAGAUAAAAUCUAUACGAUCGAACAUAUAAAUGUUAUAAAAGAUCAGGAAAAUUUGGUCCAUAUUUUGAAAUUUAAGGACGACAAGGACGCCAAUGAAGUAAAACAAAUGAUCAAUAUGUCUGAAGAAAAAAAAGAUUUAUUCGCUGAAUCAAAAUCAUUUACAUCUAUAUAA